AUGUUCGACCAAUGCCGUAAAUGUUCUCAAGGACUCAUAUGCCAGGAAGAGUUCGCUACAUUGAGACCUGGUUAUUGGUGGAGAUGGCGAAACACGACUCGUAAGGAUCGCUAUCAAGUUUUCAUAGCCAAUCUCUUGUCAAAGUCGGUUGUUGAUAAAAGGAAUGUUCAUUUUCCUCAUCUUUUACCAUCGCCAUACAAGUGCCCAGACGAAAGGUCGUGUAAAGGUGGCUUGGAUUCCAGUUGCGAGGAAGGCUACAGUGGACCACUGUGCAGUGUGUGUACUAAAGGACACUAUAAGCAGGCACAUCAAUGUAAAAAAUGCCCAUCUGCAGCUUGGAUAGCAACCCAGCUUGUAAUCGUUGCUAUCACUAUAUGUCUCAUCAUCGCCUUCUGUGUAUGGACAAGCAAAAAAAAGAGUUCGAAAGAUGGCGGGGACGUCACUUUAUCAGCCAUGUUUUUAUCCAAAAUCAAAAUUGCCAUUGGAUUUUAUCAGGUAACCAAUGGUUUGCUUCAAGCAUUCUCGUACAUUAAAUGGCCAGGGUCCAUGCGUGUCAUUAGCAAAUAUUCAGAAAUACUUCAGUUUAACAUACUUGAGAUUGCACCAAUUCACUGCCUUUCCUCAGGAUUGAAAGCAGAUGUCUUUGCAAACCUUUUUACGAUGAUGACAAUCAAUGGUGCAAUGAUUGCUUUUGCGGGGAUUACCUUCAUUGUAUUCAGACUGUUUAUUUUAAGGGACAAGACUUUGGAAGGCAAAGAAAUGUCAAUUAAGAUUUCAGGGGUUAAAGAAACCAUUUAUAGGAACUUGUUUUUCUUCUUGUAUGUGACCUACCUCGAUACGUGUUCGAAGACAGCAUCUGUGUUGCCUCUUGCAUGUCGAGAACUUUGUCAUGACAAAAACGAAGACCACUGCUUGGAAUACCUGAGGACAGACUUAAGUAUACAAUGCCAUGAUUCUCGAUACAACAAUUUGGCUAUAAUAGCCUACCUGUCUACGGUAUACGUGCUUGCCCUCCCUGUUGCCACAUUUAUUAUUCUUUGGAGAAAACGCAAGGACAUUCUCAUGAUGGCAGAUGGUGAAGAGGGCGAUAAUCAAAGAUUAGGUUCGGAAGUAACGAUGGGACUGCAAUUUCUCUUCGAAAACUACAAAGGUACUUCGUGGUAUUGGGAAUUUGUAGAAAUGUCUCGAAAGGUGAUCAUAACAUCUGGCUUGAUUCUCAUUGGACAGGAAAGCAGGUCCUAUAUUGGCCUGGCAUGGGUUAUUGCCGGCAUUUAUGGUGUGUUUUUCGCCUGGAAUCAUCCCAUACAGGACGCGUUCGAGAAUCGAUUAAUGACCACUUCUGUAGCUGUCACUGUUUUCAACUUGGGUAUAGGGUCUGUCAGUAAGAUACCCUCUGAAAAUGUGCCCACGUCAACAGAUUCGUACUUAGACACCUUCACAUUCAACAUUUUGAUUCUUGGAGCUAAUACUUUGGUCAUCGCACUACUUGCAUGUAAGUUAGUUAGAAGUCGUCACUUUCGUUUAAGUAAGCCUUAUUACACUGCUCAUUAUCCUGGUUUCCAUAUUAUCAAACAACUAAGAAUGUUUCUAGUCCCCUAUAGACACGAGGUAUUUCUGUAUACCAGGGAUCUCAUCUCUUCAGCGUUAUAAUCGCUUGUUCCAUUUUUGUACCUGGGUGUCAUUUAUGUAUCUCUGAUACAUGUAUUUUUAGCCGUAAAAGUUUUCAUACCGUGACCUCAGCCAGGGCCAGAUGAAUCGGACCCCUCAAUUCGGAGAUCUAACAUUAGACAUCUGUGGCCCUACAACAAACAAAUUGUUGCUGUUAAGAGGGAUUUGCUGUUUGCCAAGGAGAUACGGCUACACAUUCUUCAGCAAUGGUUUCUCCUCUAGUGCCAUUAAACUGAUUACAGUCAAAACGGUAUAACGAAAGAGGGUCAGGAAGAGAGAGGAAAGGUCCAAGAGAAUAAGUACAUGGCCAUUUAAGUUUUGAAUUUUGUGCUUUUGUUAUUUUUCUUUUUGUCGUUAUUUCUUGUGUUUUCUAUUUUUGUAAUUUGCCUUCAUAAGAGUGUCGCCUGGCUAGGUUUUUCUAAAAAAUGUAUGGCUGCUUUUUGAUUAUUUUAAUUUAAUUUUUUUGGCUUUCUAUCAUUAUGUUUUUCAUAAAAUGUACAACACUGUUUCAAUAGACGAAUAGACAUAGUCGAACAGGCCACUAAUGUACCCUGUUGCCUUUUCCAGUUGAAUAUUUUCUGCACCUAUAUGGUUACCUCAAGGAGUGGCGGAAAAAUCCACAAUGGUCAUUUUCGUGCUGUUUGGCUUUGGUUCUUCCCCUUAUCAGUUUGCCUGGAGAUAUCACUGGUCUGGCCAAUGCAAACAUGAUACGUGACCAGCUAGACUCUGGAGAUGUUGAACUACCUACUCUAUCCGGUGCAAUGCAAGACAGUGGGGCUCUUGAUGUCAGU